AUGACAAGUGAAAUACGUCGUUCAACACGAUCUCGAUCAAGUUUAAAUGUUAAAUUUGUUGAUGAUCCUGAUUAUGAUGAACAUACAUUUGAAGACGAUCAGGGCGACGACGACAACAUUGACGAACUGCCGGUGGCGCGUGUUAAACAAGAGCAUCAGCGACACACUAGUCAAAAUAAUAAUACCAAUAGUAGCAUUAUAAAAAGACGUCGUGGACGACCAGCUAAACGUGAAUUAAUCCAUGAUAAUGAUGAAGAUUGGCAUGUUGAAAACGAAGAAGAUUUUUCAACAGUUACAUUAAGUCCUCAAGUUAAUUCAUCUGUUUAUGAAUUUAGUGAAAAUUCAAAUCGAAAAAGUUUUAGUUCAAUAGGAAAUAAUAUUUCACGUGAUUCAACUAAAAAUUCGAUUAAAGUUCGUCGUGAUGAAAAACAUUUAUGUCAUUAUUGUAAUUAUUGUACGGGUAAAAAAUAUCUUUUACAACGUCAUCUUAAAUCUCAUUCAACUGAACGACCACAUAAAUGUACAUACUGUUCAAAUACAUUUAAAACAACAGCACAAUUACAAAAUCAUGUUAAUACACAUCUUGGUAUUAAACCAUUUCAAUGUAAAUUUUGUGAAUAUAAAUUUACAACAAGUGGAGAAUUAAUUCGUCAUGUUCGUUAUAAACAUACAAUGGAAAAACCACAUAAAUGUGAAGAAUGUGGUUAUGCAACAGUUGAAUUAAGUAAACUUCGUCGUCAUAUACGAACACAUACAGGCGAAAAACCAUAUUCAUGUCCACAUUGUUCGUAUUGUAGUCCGGAUACAUUUAAACUUAAACGUCAUUUGCGUGUUCAUACAGGCGAACGACCCUAUCAAUGCACAGUUUGUAAAUUUCGAUUUACUCAAAGUAAUAGUUUAAAAGCACAUAUGUUAACACAUCAAGCAAAUGCACAAAAAUUUCAUUGUACAUAUUGUCCAACAGUAUUAACACGUAAAGCUGAUCUUAAACAGCAUAUGAUUAAGAAACAUGCUAAUAAUGAAGAUUUUGUAACAUGUCUUAAAUGUGAUCAAGAAUUUGCUGAUCCACAUGAAUUAAAUCAACAUAAAAAAAUUCAUCAUGAAAAUAAUACUAAUUUUAAUGUACCUCGUAUUCAGCUUACUUGUUCAUUAUGUACAUAUAAAACAUUUUCACAACAUAUGCUUGAUGAUCAUAUGAAUUCAGAACAUCGAGACUAUCGAACAUUUCAAUGUAAUGAAUGUGGCUUAAUGUAUGCAACACGUGGUGAUCUUCGACAACAUAUAACAAAAGUUCAUCGUUGUGGUGUUUAUGCAAAAAUUCCUGCUGGUGGUUUAUCAAUUCGACCAAGAACAUAUUCAUCAUCAUUAAAAAAUUCUCAACGUUCAUCAUCAACAUCAUCAUUAGCACCAAUAAAACAGCAAGUACAACGGCGUGAAACAAUUUAUCGUUGUGGAUUAUGUUCAAAUAAAUUUCCACAUAUACGUGCCAUUGAACGUCAUCAUUAUGAUGCACAUCAUAUUGAUCCAUUUGAUGUUGAAGCAAUGAAAAAUGCUACAAUACAAGAUGAAGAAGAUAUUGAAGAUGAACAAGAACAAGAACAAUCGAUUACACAUGUUCAAUCAGAACAACAACAACAACAACAAGAAAUAUAUAACAGAGAUGAAGAUGAACAAAUGGCUAUUAUACAAUUUCGUAGUCAACAUCAAAAUGCUGAACAAUCACCAUUAAUUGUCAAAAUUGAAAGAGAUGGUUAUGAUAAUUUUGAAACUGCUGAUGAUUUCCUAUCAAAUAAACCAAUACCACGUACUCAUCAAUUACAAAAUGCACGUCGAACAUUAUCAAAAAAUUCUUUUGAUAAUUCAUAUUAUCAUGAUUCAUUAAUAACAAAAAAAGAAUUUUUACAUAAUUCAAAUGAUGAUAUGAAAGAACAUUAUGAUGAUUAUAUGGAUAUUGAUCAUAAAUAUGAAAUGGGUGAUAUAUUUGUCGAAAAUAUAGCUGAUGAUGAUGAUAAUAUGAUUAAUGACGAUGGUGAAAAUUUUAUUUUUAAAUAUCGCUCAUCAAGUCAAAAGUUGACUGUAUUUUAA